GUCUGUGCUGAUUGUUUCCAGAGUCGUCUGCCGUCGUGACUCCGGCAGCUGCGCCGGUGGAAGAGGAGGAAGAGGAGGAGCAGGAGGUGGAGGAGGAGGAAGACGACGUCCCGGACCUCACCAGCUUUACUGUGGACGACCUAAAACAGCGCCACGAGACUGUUGUGACGAAGCUGUACUCAGGGAACCAGUGCUGCCUGUGCAGCAUGAGGUUCACCGCCGCGCAGACCGACAUGUACGCCGACCACCUGGACUGGCACUUUAGACAGAACCACGCGGGCAAGGUGGCGAGCAAGAAGGUCACACACCGGCGCUGGUACUACAGCCUGAGGGACUGGAUCGAGUUCGAGGAGAUCGCAGACCUGGAGGAGCGAGCCAAGAGUCACUUCUUUGAGAAGGUGAACGAGGAGGAGGUCCAGAAGAACCAGGCGGCCGCCAAGGAGAAGGAGUUCCAGAGUGUCAGAGCCACCAAGGACCAAGUGGGAGAGUCGUGUGAAAUCUGUCAAGAGCCGUUUGAGACGUACUGGGUGGAAGAAGAGGAGGACUGGUUUCUGAAGGACGCUGUGAGAGUGGACGACAAGAACUUCCAUCCCGCCUGUUUUGAAGAUUAUAAAAAUACGACAUAUGUCGAUGCGACGCCGUCGCCCAACAAGCUGCUCACCGAUCAUCCGCUCGGCUCCUUCGUGAAGACCGAGGAAGACGUGGAGGAAACUUCCUGCGCUGUUGCUGCCGCCGUCUCAGUCAAACAGGAAGUGGUGCCCGAGGCCGCCGAGCUCCCUGAUAUGAAGAAAGAGGUGGAGGAUUUCACAGAAGAAGUAAAACCGGAGGAGAGUAAAUCGUGAACGGCGUGCGCGCUGCUGCUAAUAAUGCGCCGUCAACGCUGUUUUAGCGUUCUGGGGGAGGGGAGGGAGGGGCAGAGCUUGCAGCGACGUAACUGGUCAAUACAUUUUUGUAUUUGGAUUCUUACACGACCAUUUCAGGUCAUCUCCUCUGUGUGAACUGAUCGUACAAUGAUUUGUUGAAAUGAUUUAAUUUAUAAAUUAAAAAGUAUUUUUGGAAUCUGUUGUUGUGACGGUGUCUGAACGAGCGUCGCUUUGUUUCCCUUCAUCUCGUAGUUUCAGGUGUUUUACGUUUGAAUGAGCGUCUCCGGCGGGCGGCUUUAAAAAAAAAAAAGGUAAGCAUCAUUGCCAUUGAAGACAAACUCCGCCCACUCAUCAGGAUUGGUUCACUCUGAAGAUGCUGAUUCAUUUGUUUUUGUUUUUUUGGUGAGGGUUUUUUCUUCGUCCCUCAUUUUCAAUAAAUAAAAAAGUCUGAAACGUGUUUGUGGAUGAUGAUUUCCCUCAAAAUAAAAGCUUGUCUGCGUUAAAACAA